GUAGUAUUUGGCAGGUAGCCCAAGUCCAAAAAAUAGAGAACGAUAAUUGUAGAUCAGGCCCUGCGUCUGAAAUAAGCAAAGAACUGUAGAAGCCUUCGGCAAUUGAAGACCAGGCCCUGCGUGGACCACUGACCUCACCGCAGCCCAGGGCCAACCGGCCAUGGCAACCUCCGUCUAGGACUCUAGGGCCGCCAGCACCGCACGUGCGUCCGCAUUCCGCCAGUCCGCACCAGCCACCGGUGCACCACGACUCUGCGGUCUACGGCCUCUGCUGCUCACAGCUCACUGCCGUUGAAGGCCUGAAGCCGUGAGCUGUAAAGCAGCCAAGCAGUUACAGAUCACAGACCACGGAAAAGAUCUAGAACAUCUAAGUUGACAUACCUUCCUUUAGCUCCACGAUCGUAAAGGUCUUACGCCUCAAGCACUACUGGUAAACACGUGACGUGACAUGUAGAGAAUGACACUGAAGAUGAGUUAAUGUGUCACCCAUCAUACUCUAAGGCGUGGAAACAUUUUGACCAGUGUUAUCCCCAAUUCGCUAUAGAGUCACAAUGUUCGACUUGGCUUAUGUGCAGAUGGUUUUGCUACAUACGGUCAAUUUGGAAGUCAAUUCUUUUGUUUUUCAAUUAUCAUCACACCGUAUAAUUUUCAACUAGAGGUGUGUAUGAAAAAUCAUUUUAUGUUUUUGUCCUCAACUAAUGUGCCCAUGAUCAGAUAAUUCAAAGAAAAGACUUGAUGUGUAUUUGCAAUCAUCAGUGGAAGAGCUCUAACAGCUAUGAGAUGUAGGUAUUCCUACAUACUCCCUCCGCCCCAUUGGAUUCCUCCAACAUUCCCUUUUUGAUUGUCCCAAAAAACUUUGCCACUUUUCUAUUAAAACAAGUAAUUUGUGGUUCAUCUAGAAGUCAAUUCUCUUUCCUCUAUACAAAUCUCAAUUACACAGAUUUUACUUUUCUUAUUUCUCACCUACUCUCUACCAGGACACAUGUAGUAUGAUAUUUCAAGAGAUACAAUAUUUGGAUUGAAAGUUGCAACUAUGUAGGCAAUUAAUGACUUCCCUGCAUAUGAAAUGCUUUCUGGAUGGAGCACUGCAGGUCUUGUCCUGUUUGUAUGAAGAAGUCAAAUGGCUUUUGGCUAAAAAAUAGUCACAAAUUGUCUUACUGUCAUUGUCACUCAAAUUUUUCCCACAGAAUCAUUCAUAUCGAAAGGAUAAAAAGUCAUUCAUCAAGUUUACAUGGUAUCAAAUUUAUAAUCGUGUUCGAAUCAUCCAUUUCACCAUAGAUGAUCACUAGAGUAUCUGAUGGUUAUUUGACUCAUCAUAGUUUUAUAUGAGCCUACAUUAAAGUAAUUUGAUUUUUCCCAUUAGCAUUAAUAUUAUUGUUAAUAUUGAUCUCAUCUAAGUAGCAUCGAGACAGAAACAGAAGUAGGGAUAGAAACGAAGAAGAGAAAACUCUAAUCCCAAAAUAUUAAAAUACAUAUACAACAUAAAAACAUCGAAUUAGAAAUUAAAAUUUUACUAAAAUAAUUAAAUUAUCAUAUUUAAUGCAUUAAAUUAUCAUAUUUAAUGCAUUAGAUUACAACAAAAACUUCAAGCAGAUUUUGUUGUAGAUUCCCAUUGUUCUUGUGAAGUAGCUGGUGACAGAUUCGCCACCUUUCAUUUCCAGUUUCAAACUCCCUUUUCAAAGCUUGAAGUUUUCUGGAUCCACCCUCGCGGAGCAUUGAUACUUCGUCUUCUGGACUCAUACUGCGUUUGCUAGUCGCUGAGUCUGCGAUGUUGGAGGCUUGAGAGUAUGCUUGCGAGUGAGUUUCCCGUCCGCCUCAGUGAUUAAGCUAUUCUCGUCCUCUGUUUAGGUUGGCAAAGUUUUGAGGGUACAAAAGGUUCCAACAAAUGGGUCGGAAUGUCAAAGUGGUCAUCUAGGCUUAACUAUGCAUGAAAGCCAUCUUUGGAAAGAUGUCAAAGACCUUGUAUCUGCCCCUACAAGGGAAAUUGCAGGGCACUUCUUUGUCCAACAUGUGAUGCGUCCAUUAUUGGGUGCUAAACAUGUUGAUGCUGGGGUUCACAUCAUUGUAUCCAGAGAAUUUUUGGAAACAGUUGAAAAGAAUGCUUUUUAUGUACGCCCCUCUUGGCGGGUAGAUGCAACUAAAGUAAAUUUCUUGAGUAGUUAUGCUAUUCUGAUGCCCGAUCAUUCAACAUUCCCCCAUGUUGCACCUAAAGAACAUUGCAUAUGUGUUGAGAUAAAGCCCAAAUGUGGAUUUGUUCCAAGUUCUGAAUUUAUUUUAGAAAGAAAUGCUGUUAAAAGGAGAACUACUCGUUUCAAAAUGCACCAGACUCUGAAGUUUGUUCAAGGCAAGAUAUCAUAUAUAAGUGAAUAUGAUCCCCUGGAUAUGUUUUCUGGAUCCAAAGAAAGAUUGGAUAAAGCAAUGAAUGAUCUUUUAUUGACCCCACAAAAUAACUUCCGAGUUUUUCUGGAUGGUUCUCUCAUAUUUGGCUGUCUGGGUGGUGUUGCGGAACCUACAACAUCUAAAGUUUGUGAGGCAUUGGAAGAUGCACUUAAGAAUAUAAUUUUGGCAGAAGAAGGGAUGCGUACUAAUUGUUUUCUUGAGCUCAUCUCUGAGGCAGUUUUAAGUUCAGGAGUACUAAAUAGACUUCUUGAAGUCCAGAAGCUUGACGUUUUUGACAUCGAGGGUGCAAUUCAUGUGUAUUAUAAUUUUAUUUCACAGCCCUGUAUGGUAUGUAGAGAAUUGGGCAGCAGCUUUUCAAAAAGAUAUGACACCUUGCAUUCUAUUUCAAUGGAGGAAAGUGGGAAGAUAUUGAGGGACUUUUUAAUAGCUACUACUGCGAAGGACUUGGGUGUGAUGAUUAGCUUCAAACAUCAGGAAGAUGGGAAAGGGGAGUCUUCAUAUAAUCAUGUCUCCUUAAAGUCAACCAAUCAAAAUUUUGAUUACAAGGUAGCUUUCAUUGAUCUGGACCUGAAGCGUUUGGAUAAGAUGGAAUUUUACUAUGAGUUGGAUCAGAAGAUUGUUAGCAGUUAUUUAAAGAUGGUAAAUGCGGAAAGCCUUGGCAGAAUGCCUCAAUUGGACACACCAUGAUAAUAAUGUGGUUGGAGAUUAAUAAAAAAAACUCAAGUAAGGAAUAAAUCAGGCUCUUCACAAUUCCACACCUACAACAAGUGAUAUUUAAACUACUGCCGCAAGUUUCCAUCUCAAGGCUACAUCAGUUAUUUAUUUAUUUAUUUUAUACAAUUGGGUUUGAAGGUCAUUCUUUGCUAUUGAUACUUGUGAGGCCAAUAAUGCUUGAUCCUAUAUAUAAAUUCUUGAUUUGAGUAUGGUAUGUGGUAUGUACUAAAUUUGUAAUUUAUUUGAAUCGUUCUCAAAUCUCAAUCUGAGUAUGAUACAUGUUUAUUGUAAAUUUGUAAUUUAUUUGUAUCAUUUUCUCUCACAAGUGAGUUAUAAAUUUGUAAUUUAUUUGUAUCAUUUUCUCUCACAACUUCACAAGUGAAUAAUAAGCUUGUUACCAUUGUUAUGAAGCAACAGUCAAUCCAU